AGACCAAACAGCAUUAUUAUAAAUGAGAUUCCUAUAUUGGAAAGUACAGGAAUUUUAUUUUUCAAGAGGUUCAACACUUUCUAUACACUAACACACAUAUUCAUGAGCAGGAACAUUUUGGAAGCAGCUAUUCGUUUUCAGCAAUGAUAACAUUAAAACAACAGCUUGCAUUGCACUGACCACGAAGUGCACUAUGGUCUCUCCUGUGGAUGAACCUUCUUAUAAUUCACCUUCUGAGCAUGCUAUGGUGUGGGAGAAAUGCUAUCGAGGUGUAAAGGAACGCUGCUUUUUAUUCUGUGGUUGGCAUCGGUAAUCAUUUUGCUCCAGUUGAAGAGCCUUUCUCAUUCAAACCUUCUGUAUUUACCCAACUCGAGAAUCCUUCUGCAAAACUUAGCUUCCACUUCGAAUCAGACAGAUGCGCCCUACUACGAGAAGGUGUUCACAAUCGACCCGGCCGUCGACAAUUCCAACGUCAACGUUGAAAAUGUCAUGCACGAUGAAUUGAAACGCCACCUGCCGAGUUUGCCGGAUUCCUACGUGAAACCGAACAAAAUAAAAAACACGUUCUACAAAAAUGAGAGCUGUGCCAAAUAUCCGAACGUUUACGAUCUGGAAUUCAACAACAUAUAUUGGCAGAGCGUCUUCACGACGAAUGGGACCUUUCACCUCUACAGCGCUUACUACGACGUGAGGAAACUGAGCAGGAUCAGCCCUGCGGUCCGGAUACUCGGGAUGAUAAACAGGAUCGAACCGACGAUAAAAACCCAUUGCCAGUUUUGGUUCGACAACCACAAAGAGCCGGUUUUCAGCAAAGUCAUGGAGUACAAGUACAUCUGGUACAAGAAAUGGGGUAAUUACAAACAAGGGAUAUUCCAGCCUUAUUUGAUCGCUUGCCAAAUACCUCAUCCGUUCCACAAAGUCGUUCCAGCGUCGGUUUCCAUAGUGGAAAAAAUAUGCGACUCUCCUACGAACAACCUUAAAGUCAUUUACAACAAACCGAAGAAAAAAAAAGAAUUCGCAGUCUGCGUCAAGGGUCUGGAUUUCCUCUAUAAAGACAUAUCCGUGAGACUCGUCGAAUGGAUCGAGAUGAUCCUCCUUUUGGGAGCGGAUAAGAUAUUCUUUUAUAAACUCCAGGUCCAUCCCAACAUAUCCAAAGUCCUGUCGUAUUAUGAAAAAAAGGAUAAAGUGGACGUUACGCCGUUGACUCUGCCGGGUGGACAGCCCAACAUACCGGGCUUCCAACAUAUGUACUUGUCUAAAAAGAUCAACCAUAAAAGGCAAAACGAGUUGAUACCAUAUAAUGACUGUCUAUAUAGGAAUCUUUACACGUACAAGUACAUCGCUCUUCUUGACGUCGAUGAAGUGAUAAUGCCUGUCAAAGUGAUGUCCUGGAAAGACCUGAUGGAUGUAGUCCUUAAAAAAGCCCUAGCUAUUAAAAACGAAACGAGAGCAUCGUACAACGUGAGAAACGUCUAUUUUCUAGACGAUCUACUCCAUUCUCACGGCUGGUUCAAGGACAUACCGAAAUACAUGCACAUGUUGCAGCAUGUCUACAGGAGUAAAAAUUUCACCCAACCGAAUCAAUACGUCAAAUGUUUUCACAACCCUGAGCGGGCUUUGAUUUUGCACAACCACUUCCCACUGGCGUGCCUGAGCUCGGGAUGUACGUCCUACCCGAUCGAAACGGGCGAUGCUCAGCUACAACAUUACAGGGCGGACUGUGUGAAAACACUCAAAAAAACCUGCACACAGUUCAGGGAAAGCAGCGUCCUCGACACGAGCAUGUGGCGGUUCAAAAGCACCCUGAUUUCAAGGACUACAGACACCUUGUACACUCUCGGCUACUUCGGAGACACUCGGCCGAAUUGAAAUCAAGCUCUUAUAUCUCAUUGCCAAUUUUAAGUCUGUACAUUUUCAAUGUAAAUAUGUAAAAAAAUGAAAUUAUUGUGACAUAAAUAUCGGUUACUAUGUCUAAAUAUAAAACGAAAUCAUUGUUUAUUUA